AGCGUGCGUGGCGUAUACCCUUGACCGUUCCUUUCACGCAGCUCUACCCGACACUAGCACUCUACACGUCCCUCAAUAUGUUCUCCUCGUUUCGAAAGGGUCCUGAUGACCCCAUGUACUUUCUUAAGCGCGCCGCAGACCAAGAUGCGUCACCAAAUAAGGUCGACCUUGGCGUUGGUAUCUAUAGAAACGAAAGUGGUCUGUAUAGUCAGCUUGGAUCUGUCGCAAAGGCAAAGACCAUCUUGGCCGAGAGUGAUCCUGGCCACGACUAUGAGAUCACAAUCGGAAACCAGCAGUUCUUGAGCCAUGCUGCCCGUCUUCUGUUCGGACAAGGCUGCGAGGCACUAGAGUCUGGAAAGAUCGCAUCAGUCCAGACCAUCUCCGGUACGGGAGCCAACCACCUCGCUGCUUUAGCCCUGAGCCAAUCCAUCUCCCCGCGUCCACAGGUUUACGUCGGCACACCAACUUGGGGUAACUACAAGCUCAUAUCUGAGUUCGUCGGCCUACAAGUGAUCGAAUAUCCGUACUUCGACUUCCACACGCGUACCAUCGACUUCUCCUCCAUCAUCUCGGCAGCGUCAUCUGCACCGCCUCGAAGCGUCUUCAUCCUGCAAGCAUGUUGUCAUAACCCUACAGGCGCCGACCCUACGAGAGAACAAUGGCGGGAACUUGGUGCGGUGCUGAAAGAAUACUCUCAUUUUGUCUUGUUUGACAUUGCUUAUCAAGGGUUGGGCAAUGGCAUUGAGGAAGAUGCUUAUGCCCUUCGACACUUCGCUACCUUGGGUCUUGACAUGUUUGUAUGCCAGUCGUUCUCCAAGAACUUUGCUUUGUAUGGCGAACGAUGCGGUGCCCUACAUGCUGUGUGCUCGUCUCCUGAGACAGCAGCAGUCGUUCAAGAUCGGCUUCGAUGUUUGAUACGCUGGGAGUUUUCGUCUUCACCGGCAUAUGGUAGUCGCUUGGCCACCAUCGUGUUGGAUUCGGAUAAGCUCACUACUGAGUGCUACCUCAACCUCAAUCCUCGACAGUGCCAGAGACUCAUAGACCAGUAUCACAUCUAUCUUCCAUCGAGCGGUCGAAUCAAUGUUUCAGGCCUCAACCAGAAUAACAUUGAUAGAGUGGCGGACUCAUUGGAUGAGGUCGUGCGUGGGGAGAUCAGGCUAAGCACACAGACAAGGGCGGCUCUUUAG